UUGAUGCAAGACAAGCUGGAUGUAUUUAUACAGUAAACGGAUUGGAGGUCAGGGAGAGAAAGGGAAAAUAGAUCAUAUCAAAAUCAGCGAAACUGUGAAUCGAAGACUAUCAUAUAGAUAACGUCCUAAUAUUCAUAAUAUCCCGGUCUGCAGCAACCGGAGUCAACGAGCCUAAAAUGCCCCAGCUGGUGACCUCUGACAUGUAAAUGGCGUCCAAAGUGCGAGAUGCUGUGGUGUGGUACCAGAAGAAGAUUGGUGCUUAUGACCAACAGAUAUGGGAGAAGUCUGUUGAACAAAGAGAAAUCAAGUUUAUUAGACUGGGCCUGAGGAACAAGCCGAAGAAGACAGGCCAUGUGAAAGCAGACCUCAUUGAUGUGGACCUAGUGAGAGGUUCUGCUUUUGCCAAGGCCAAGCCUGAGUCUCCCUGGACGUCUCUGACCAGGAAGGGUCUCGUCAGGGUGGUGUUGUUCCCCUUCUUCUUCAGAUGGUGGAUCCAGGUCACCUCCAGAGCCAUCUUCCUCCUCCUCCUCCUCCUCUACCUGCUUCAAGUGGCUGCUGCAGCGUUAUUCUUCACCAUUCCCCAGCCCCACAGUAUCCCGACCACAGAGGUGUUUGGGGCGAUAUGGCUGAUGCUGUUACUGGGGACAGUGCACUGCCAGAUCGUCUCCACACGCACCCCCAAACCCACCAGCAGCAGCAGCUCUGGCAAGAGAAGAAGGCGUCUAAGGAAGGCAGCUCACUUGGAUGUACAUAGGGAAGGAGAUGGCUCUAGCACCACUGAUAACACCCGGGAGGGCGGCCCACACUGCCACGGUGCCGCCACCGGCUCACCUUACAGCCUGUGCAUCGCUCUCUUCAGAGAUUUCUGGCAUGAUAUCUGUAAAGCGCGGUCGAAGAAGUCCAAGCUGUCCAUAGACAAGUCCACAGAGACAGAUAAUGGCUAUGUGUCUCUGGAUGGGAGGAUAACCUGUAAGAGUAGUGAGGAGGGGCUACAGCUCCAUGAUGGAGGGUCUCACCACUGUGACCUGCUGCUGAGGUCAGACGAGACGUGUUGGACCGCACCCCCUCCUCUCAACACACUGCUGCUGCCCCCCGUCGCCAAGGUAAACACCAAGGAGACCCAGAGCCGUGGUGUGGGUGUGGAGAACAUGUCUGAUGAGGCGUCUAGUGAGGAGGAUCCUGAAGCAUCCUACACCGCCAUCCGUAGGGGCGUAGAGCGCGUCAGCAGCGACUGCACGUUGCGCAACAGGAAACCACAUCACUACAAGAAACACUACGCCAUCAACACUGAGGUGGGUGACCUCCACACUACCCAGGAGACUCCUAAGUCCGGUACCAGCUGUAGUUCUCGAUGCUCCAGCCUGCGGACCCAGGACUCAGAGAGCACCAGACACGAGUCAGAGACAGAGGACCUGCUGUGGGAGGACUUCCUGCACUGUGCUGAGUGUCGCUCCUCGUGUACCAGCGAGACAGAGGGAGAGGGAGCUGCAGUCUGCCCUGCUACCAAGAAGGAGUACAGAGAUGACCCCUUUCACCAGUUGUGUCCUCUACAGGGUCAUACGUGGCUACACAGCACCAACCCAGGUCUGGAGCGGGUCAGUGCCAUCGUCUGGGAGGGGAACGACUGUAAGAAGGCUGACAUGUCUGUCCUGGAGAUCAGCGGUAUGAUCAUGAACAGGGUCAACCUGUACACCCCAGGUAUUGGCUACCAGGUCUUUGGUAACCUGGUGUCAGUGACUCUGGGCCUGACGCCCUUCGCCUAUAGGCUGUCUCAGUACAAGGACCUGGAACAGCUGACACAGCUCUCAGCCAAUGAGCUCAUCUCUGUGGCGUUUGGCUCCUCCUCCGACAUCAUGGUGAUCACCAUGGUAACGCUCAGCUUCAUGGUGCGCGUCUGUCUCAUCUGGCUCUUCUUCUUCCUGCUCAGCGUGGCCGAGAGGACAUACAAACAGAGGCUGCUAUUCGCCAAGCUGUUUGGUCACCUGACGUCGGCACGGCGAGCCAGGAAGUCGGAGGUGCCUCACUUCCGUCUGAAGAAAGUCCAGAACAUUAAGAUGUGGCUCUCUCUGCGCUCAUAUCUCAAGAGAAGGGGUCCUCAGCGGUCGGUGGAUGUGAUCGUGUCCUCUGCCUUCCUCCUCACCCUCUCCGUAGUCUUCAUCUGCUGUGCUCAGGUCAGCUUGCUCCAUAUCCACCACACCUUCCUGGAGUGUCACUAUAACUGGGAGCUGGUGAUCUGGUGUUCCUCUCUGUCUCUCUUCCUGCUCCGCUUUGUUACCCUGGGCUCAGAGACCAGCAAGAAGUAUAGCAACACCUCCAUCUUACUGACAGAACAGAUUAAUCUGUACCUGAAGAUGGAGAAGAAACCAAACAAGAAGGAGGAUUUGACAUUGGUCAACAACGUACUGAAGCUGGCCACCAAGCUAUUGAAGGAGUUGGAUGCUCCGUUCAGGCUGUAUGGUCUGACGAUGAACCCUCUGCUCUACAACAUCACCCAGGUGGUCAUCCUGUCUGCUGUGUCUGGGGUCAUCAGUGACCUACUGGGCUUCAACCUGAAGCUCUGGAAGAUCAAAUCAUGACAGUAAGCUGAUCAGGUCACAGCUGGCUCUGGAAGAUGUGAUACAUUCUCUCACCACACAGGGGCGCUGUUGUCCUUUCGCUCACGGACUGACUGGGCUUCCCUGUAACUAUGGUCUGACGGACAAACAGCCCCAUUCUCAGAAUAACGGAGUGCUUACAUUUCACUUGUGCAAUUCAAGAUAUAUUUAUUUUACCCUUUCAGUAUUUUUUAAUUUUUGUUGUUGUUGAAAAAGUUACAAAAUGUUAUUUUAAGCUAUACAAGGUUUUGUGUUCUCAGAGGGAUGGGAUCAAAACACACACAGCAAGAUGACAAUUCAGUUAAAAAGGUAAAAGAGUUCCAUCCCUUCAGACUAGUAAGGACAAUGUGCAUUAUAAUGCAGCUGUUUAGUUUGUUGACUGUGACAGAAACACAGUCAUUUCACUGUGAGAACUGCAACGAGUAGUUGUUUCCGAUCAUAGACGGACUGUAAUAAUAAUAAUAAUAAUGUGUUUUAAAGCCUACAUACACACAAACAGGUUGUACUUUCUGGUCAAUUCCAUGUAGGCUUUUUUGUUGUUGCUUUUGACGACAACAACAGUACACCAAAGUUCAGAAUAGAUGAACAAUGUUUCUGUGUGUUUGGCGUUUCUAAUGAUAAGCUAAGUGACGGCUGUAGUGGAGAGAUAGAGGCAGGAUAAAACACAACACAUCACUCAAAUGAUUGGUGAGAAAAUAGGUGAGGUACUGUACUGGCUAGAUGGGAGGUACUGUACUGGCUAGAUGGGAUGUACUGUACUGUCCUGGCUGGAUGGGAGGUACUGUACUGUCCUGGCUGGAUGGGAGGUACUGUACUGUACUGGCUAGAUGGGAGGUACUGUACUGUCCUGGCUGGAUGGGAGGUACUGUACUGGCUAGAUGGGAGGUACUGUACUGGCUAGAUGGGAGGUACUGUACUGGCUAGAUGGGAGGUACUGUACUGGCUAGAUGGGAGGUACUGUACUGUUGGCUAGAAGAGGUACUGUACUGGCUAGAUGGGAUGUACUGUACUUUAUUGGCUAGACGGGAGGUACUGUACUGGCUGGAUGGGAGGUACUGUACUGGGUAGAUGGGUGGACUGUACUGUACUGGCUAGAUGGGAGGUACUGUACUGUAUUGGCUAGAAGAUGUACUUUACUGGCUAGAUGGUAGGUACUGUAUUGGCUAGAAUAUGUACUGUACUGGCUAGAUGGGAGGUACUGUACUGUAUUGGCUAGAAUAUGUACUGUACUGGCUAGAUGGUAGGUACUGUACUGGCUAGAUGGUAGGUACUGUACUGGCUGGAUGGGAUGUACUGUACUGGCUGGAUGGGAUGUACUGUACUGGCUAGAUGAGAGGUACUGUACUGUACUGGGUGGAUGGGAGGUACUGUACUGUGUGGAUGGGAGGUACUGUACUGUGUGGAUGGGAGGUACUGUACUGUACUGUGUGGAUGGGAGGUACUGUACUGUACUGGGUAGAUGGGAGGUACAGUACUGUACUGGGUAGAUGGGAGGUACAUUACUGUACUGGCUAGAUGGGAGGUACUGUACUGGCUAGAUGGGAGGUACUGCACUGUAUUGGCUAGAUGGGAGGUACUGUACUGGCUAGAUGGGAGGUACUGUACUGUAUUGGCUAGAAGGGAUAUACUGUACUGGCUGGAUGGGAGGUACAGUACUGUACUGGGUAGAUGGGAAUAUGUAAACCUAGCCAACAUAUCUGGGUUAGUAUUCUGUAUGUGAAAUUGAGACAUCCAGGCCCGCUAGCUAAACGGUGUGUGACUGAACAUUGUUAACUAUGUUACUCGUAUAAUGAUCAUUUGGGGGGAGGUGUUUAUGUUUGUCCUGGUACACACUUGUACAAGUCUGUAAUGGAAAUGUGUUUCUUACAUACUGAGACCCUGAGGGAGUGGGGUCGCGACCUUUUAUGGUGAUACCAUUCAGUAUUGGCUUCUGUACUCCCAACCCUAUUUUGUAAACCAGACACAGUGACGUGUGCAGUCUGGUUGAAAUACUGCUAUUCAGGCCUGUGAGCCGUCAUCACAACCUCGUCAACAUGUUGCUUUCUCUCGCCCUCCUUCCCUUGUCUACUGUUUUACGUUGCUGCCGUCAUCACAACCUCGUCAACAUGUUGCUUUCUCUCGCCCUCCUUCCCUUGUCUACUGUUUUACGUUGCAGCCGUCAUCACAACCUCGUCAACAUGUUGCUUUCUCUCGCCCUCCUUCCCUUGUCUACUGUUUUACGUUGCAGCCGUCAACACAACCUCGUCAACAUGUUGCUUUCUCUCGCCCUCCUUCCCUUGUCUACUGUUUUACGUUGCAGCCGUCAUCACAACCUCGUCAACAUGUUGCUUUCUCUCGCCCUCCUUCCCUUGUCUACUGUUUUACGUUGCAGCCGUCAUCACAACCUCGUCAACAUGUUGCUUUCUCUCGCCCUCCUUCCCUUGUCUACUGUUUUACGUUGCAGCCGUCAUCACAACCUCGUCAACAUGUUGCUUUCUCUCGCCCUCCUUCCCUUGUCUACUGUUUUACGUUGCAGCCGUCAUCACAACCUCGUCAACAUGUUGCUUUCUCUCGCCCUCCUUCCCUUGUCUACUGUUUUACGUUGCACCCGUCAACACAACCUCGUCAACAUGUUGCUUUCUCUCGCCCUCCUUCCCUUGUCUACUGUUUUACGUUGCAGCCGUCAUCACAACCUCAUCAACAUGUUGCUUUCUCUCGCCCUCCUUCCCUUGUCUACUGUUUUACGUUGCAGCCGUCAUCACAACCUCAUCAACAUGUUGCUUUCUCUCGCCCUCCUUCCCUUGUCUACUGUUUUACGUUGCAGCCGUCAUCACAACCUCGUCAACAUGUUGCUUUCUCUCGCCCUCCUUCCCUUGUCUACUGUUUUACGUUGCAGCCGUCAUCACAACCUCGUCAACAUGUUGCUGUCUCUCGCCCUCCUUCCCUUGUCUACUGUUUUACGUUGCAGCCGUCAUCACAACCUCGUCAACAUGUUGCUUUCUCUCGCCCUCCUUCCCUUGUCUACUGUUUUACGUUGCAGCCGUCAUCACAACCUCAUCAACAUGGUGCUUUCUCUCGCCCUCCUUCCCUUGUCUACUGUUUUACGUUGCAUGGUUUUCUCACAGCGCAUUUGAGUUAAUUCAAUGGUUAGACUGUAAUUUCAAGCAAUAACUCGUAGCUCAACACACACCGUGUUUGUAUUAUAGUUGGAACAAAGAGGUCCCAGGUCUUAGUCGCUGUUCCACACAGUCGAUGUUCGUCGCUACCGUUCGGCACUUUAAAUUAGUGUAUAGAAACAAUGUGACACACACCAUUGUAGUUGUUAUUGCUUGGUACCAUUUGGCGAGGCUCAGUCUGUGUGAAGAUGACCAAAGUGCUUUUUAUUUACUGGAUACAACUGUAUUUAUUAACACAAAAUAACUGUUUCGGUUUCAUAUUAUUGGAAAUGCUUUCAGAAAACAUGGUGUUGCUUCAUCUUGUUGUUGUGAAGAUUGUCCCUCGUGUUUUUGUGGUUGCGAGAGAAAAGACACAAUUUGCAGUCACUUGAGUCUGAAAAAAUGUAUUUAGAAAAUGACUCUGAACCUGUCUGAAAUGCCAUCCUGAUCCCUAGUGCACCAGAGCCCUGGUCAAAAGUAGUGCACUACGUAGGGAAUAGGGUGACAUUUCCGACGCACACUUGUUUUUGCGUUGUGAUUCCGUUUUCAAAGGAAGUCUGCAUAUUUAUGUUGAAGAGAAGAAAAACAACUUUUAGUGAGCUGGUCUGUUUCCUCAGUUCUAGGUGUUUAUAAGGAAAAUAAAAAUGGACAUUUUUGUGUCACUCACUCAA